GUAGGCAAACAGUCGCUGUCAUUUUUAUCAUUAAUAAUGAAGUCGUUAUCAAGAGUGUGACCGACUACUGUAGAGACCACAGGGAUCGCGUCUGCUCAGUCGUGUGGUAGACAUCGACCCACAAACGUCUACAGCUAAGGGAACUAGCGUACGCGCAGUAAAAAGACUUUAACUACGAUACUCGACGCAGACGAUCCUUAACCAAACAUGGAUGUCGAAGCUAUGGUUAACGACGAGGGCGGAGUCCUGAAAGCGAAGAUAGUCACUAUGAUCACACUUUUUGGUGUUUCCAUGGUAGUCGGAUGCCUUCCGAUGCUGAUUUCAAUGAAGUUCAAUUGGUUUACGAAGUCGACCGGGCCCAAUAUGAGAUCUUCCAACCGGCUGGUGAUCGGAUUGCUGUCCUUUGGAGGUGGCGUUUUAUUCGCAACGACUUUCAUGCAUUUAUUACCCGAAGUUGAUGAAAAUAUUAAAUUAUUACAAGAAAGUGGCGAUCUUCGGCACCUACCGAUUUAUUUGGCCGCUCUAAUUAUGUGCAGCGGUUUCUUCAUGAUGUACUUAGUGGAAGAGCUGGUGCACGUCUACAUUAGCAGUCGAGAGAACAAAACGGCCAACACAAGCUUCACGAGGGUACUGAGUAUUAGAAGGAGCAGCCAGGAAGCAAGUAACAUUGUAGAGACGGCUGCAGCUAGCAAAGAGGUGGAAGCAGCAAGACACCAUGGACACAGUCAUAUAGCUAUGGACCCAGCGGAUGACACGAUUGUCGCAGCACUGCGGGGUCUGCUCAUUGUAUUAGCUUUGUCUAUUCACGAGCUUUUCGAAGGCCUAGCAGUAGGAUUGGAAUCUUCAUCAAGAAAUGUGUGGUAUAUGUUCGGUGCGGUGUCGGCGCAUAAAUAUAUCAUUGCAUUUUGUAUCGGCGUGGAGUUAUUAGCCGCGGGGACGAAACGGUGGCUAUCCGUUGUGUAUAUCUUUACAUUUUCGUUCGUGUCAGCGUUGGGUAUAGGCGUGGGCAUUUUACUUGUGGGCGGCGCUGGCGCUGCCGCGGCCGGACUUUACUCAGUUAUAUUGCAGGGUCUGGCAUGCGGUACGCUGAUGUACGUGGUGUUCUUCGAGGUGUGGCGACAGGACAGAACAGGACUGUCACAAUUCCUUUGCUCUAUUGGCGGCUUUACUCUCAUGGUCUGCUUGGAAGUUAUCGUUGAGUUAGCGGCGUAACGAAGAUAUAUCGAUACAAAAUAACAUUGAGAUUGUGAUGUAAAUUAUAUU